UUAGCAAGUACUUUCUCCUCGACAUUUCAAGUAGUAACAGUUCUUUCACCACAGUAGCAGCAUCUAUAUUCACUUACAGCUAUCGUGAAACUUGCUACAAGCCUCAAACAAUACUUGUCAAAUCGUUAGUUAACUGAUCAAAUAAAUAAUUACAAUGGCAGGAAUUGCGAAAGGCCGAGGAAGAGGUUUUGCUCCUCCAGUACAAGUUGCUCCUUUAAGACGACCUGGAAUGAAACAGUACAGUGAACUCGUAACUUGCAUCGAGAAUAUGCAAUUGAAGGAUGUGGUUACGAAAGAUUUACCCACCAAAACUGUCGAUGACAUAAUACCAGUAAUCGAAGAGGCAAUGACAAAAUCUUCUCUGCCAGAAAUCAUGAAUGAACUUCACGAGAGGGCCCUCGACGAUCGGGCGUUUACUAUCAAAUUGUCAACGAUAUGUGAUCCAAAAAUUAUUGGGAUGACUGACAAAAACUCCAACAGUUUGAGGGUACUUCUGCUUCAAACCCUCCAAAAAGAUUACGAAGAAAGGGGCGAAUUAAAGAAAAAAAGUGAACAUGUCUUAAGAAAUGCCAUAUCGCUUAUGGGAGAGGUGUAUUACAGAUACAUCGUUGGAGGCAAACCCUUUGAGUAUUUGGCUGCUCCGCUUAUCAGCUACAUAGAAAUGCUCUUGGAGUCUGCUGAAGAAGAAGAUAUCGAGCUCGCCGUAAGAGAAAUCUCGAUAAACGGCAAGAGUCUGUCUUUGCAAGCCGUGCCUGAAUUGAAAAAUCUUAUUCUCAAAUUUAAGGAGACCUUAAUCAAGCGAAAUUUGAGUGCAAAAUCGAGGACCUUGAUUUUGCUGGUUCUUGAAUUAGAAAAUAACAAUUACGAGCCAUUGAAUGCCGAAAAAGAAGAGUUUUACGCUUCCGAAUUAGGAAGUGUUUAUGAAGAAAUCAGAAAAGUUAACAAAAACAAUACUUCGGAAGCAGAAGUACGUCCUAAAAAAGCCGUCGAAAAACCGGGAAGUUAUCCCAACAGCUAUAAGCGUCCAACGGGGGCAUCGCCACAAGUCAAGUCCGCUUCAGCCAAAGCCGAUCAGCAAAAACCAGAGACGAAAAUCCAAGAAAAAUGCGAAAACGAAGAGAGCAGCCCCUCCAACAACUACAAGCGUCCGACUCCGCGCGCGAUUCGAGGCGCCGGUGCCGCUAACAGCGACAACGCGAGAGAUAAUCGCGGCAACAAUACCAAAAAGUCUCCGCGCGAAAAGAAAGAUACGGCUCCCAAUACCAAUAGCAAGGCUUGGGGUCACGACGAUCGUUUCGACAAAAAUUACGAUUGAAUCAGUUCAAAAAAUUAUCAUUCAAUGAUUGUGAGGUAGCUUUAUGGUAUGCGAUAAGUCUGAUGUAUUGUAUUCGUGUAAAUAUUUUAAUCGAAAUAUUUAAAAUAUUACCAUUUUAUUAAUCGGCGAAUUUUAUAAACUGACUUUUACUCAAGUAUUUGUACAUAAGAGGUAUUUUACUGUAAUUUUCUUAAUCAAUGAGAAAACCGAUAAGUUUGUAUUUCGAAUUUUGAUUUGUGCACACGAUCGAUACGUAUUAUUUCGCGAACAAUGUCAACAAUUUACUUUUUAAAUUGAUAUAAAUCAUUUUAGAAGUACAAAACUGUCUGUGAUUCACAUU